CAAGAGGUAGAGUAACAGGCUACAUCUGAAAGUGAAGAAAGAUUCCAAAUAAUAAGAGGAACUAAUUGAAGCGAUAUUUUAUUCCUGACUUCUGUAGAUGGAUAUCCGAAAGUUCUCUUUACCAAGCAGAGGUAGAAGAACAGAGAGCCGAGAUGGGAGUGAGAGAUGUUGAGAUGGCUCGAGAUUCAGGAUUAACAACGAUGCAUCUGCUGCUCUUCAUCUUGCUCUGGCUCAGUGUGUGUAGUUGUGUACUGGGUUCUGUGGUUCCUCCGUCAUGUGUCUCUGUGUAUCGAGGCUUUGCUCAGUGUUUAGUGACUCUGGGAGACGAGGUGAACAGCCAGACUGACAACAACCCCGACCUCGACUCCAUCUGCAGAUCCUGGGACGCCUUUGAGCGGUGUGUGAACAGCGUGCUGUCUGAUUGCCGUGGUAACGCAGCAGAUCUUUGGGAGUCCUUGAAAGUUGAGUCACGGAAGACGCAGUUCUCAGGAAACCUUUAUGAAAUGUGUGCCGGUCGUACCCUGACCUCUCCUGGGACCCUGCCCACUACUGAUCAGGCCAAUCAGGAGUCUCUGAAAGGCAGAGGUGUGAGCAGUGGCCACACCCAUUCUGUGUGCUUGCUCCUGGCCUGUGUGUUCUGUGUUCUGAUCUGAUUUAUUUAAAACGCAGGUGCAAGUGUAUAAGAUAAAUGAUUGUUUUAUUAAUUAAGUCAGUAUUUAGUA